UUCGCCAACGUAGAGACUGCAUUCUGCUCUACUCCACACAUCACACACACUAUCACCAUAGAUCACCAGCUAUGGCGAUUGGGGAAAGCGAGCCCCAUAUAAUUGAAGUGGAGACAGCAGAGUGACAUUGCCAACGUCGCCGUUUUGGUUAAUUUCUAACAGUCAUGGUGCUACUCUCGUGUUCCCUCUCUCCGCUCUCUAUCUCUCUUUCAAAGUCCAUUGCUAGCUCUCAUACUUCAAAACCUCAAUUUCUCUCCAUUAGAUCCUCUAUAGACAACAAAACACCGAAACCCACUUCAAAUGCCACUAAAUCCAGUUCGUGGGUUAGCCCAGACUGGCUCACUUCCCUCACUCGGACCCUCACUUUAGGCCAAAACGACGACUCGGGCAUUCCCAUAGCCAGUGCUAAGCUUGACGAUGUGUCUGAGCUUCUGGGUGGCGCUCUUUUUCUUCCUCUGUUUAAAUGGAUGAACGAGUACGGUCCCAUUUACAGGCUUGCUGCUGGCCCCAGAAAUUUCGUGGUGGUUAGCGACCCCGCUAUUGCUAAGCAUGUGCUGAGGAAUUACGGCAAGUACGCUAAGGGUCUUGUCUCUGAGGUCUCAGAGUUCCUCUUUGGCUCGGGUUUUGCAAUUGCCGAGGGACCCCUUUGGACGGCAAGGCGCAGGGCUGUGGUUCCAUCUCUUCACAAGAAGUAUUUGUCUAUUAUAGUUGAUAGAGUAUUUUGCAAGUGUGCUCAGAGAUUGGUGGAGAAGCUCCAACCUGAUGCUCUAAGUGGCACUGCAGUAAACAUGGAGGAAAAAUUCUCUCAAUUAACUCUAGAUGUUAUUGGCCUCUCAGUCUUCAAUUACAAUUUUGAUUCACUCACCACUGAUAGCCCUGUUAUUGAUGCUGUUUACACUGCAUUGAAAGAGGCAGAGGCUCGUUCCACGGAUCUUUUGCCAUAUUGGAAGGUUAAAGCUUUAUGUAAGAUAAUUCCCAGACAAAUAAAAGCUGAAAAAGCAGUUACAGUAAUCAGGCAAACAGUUGAAGAACUUAUUGCAAAAUGCAAAGAGAUUGUGGAGUCUGAGGGUGAAAGAAUAGACAAUGAGGAAUAUGUAAAUGACACUGAUCCAAGCAUCCUUCGCUUCUUGCUUGCCAGCAGGGAAGAGGUUUCGAGUGUACAAUUACGUGAUGACUUGUUAUCAAUGUUAGUUGCAGGACAUGAGACAACUGGUUCGGUAUUGACUUGGACAUUGUACCUUCUGAGUAAGGAUUCUUCCUCACUAGCGAAAGCACAAGAAGAGGUUGACCAAGUAUUACAAGGAAGAGCUCCUACCUAUGAAGAUAUAAAGGAUCUAAAGUUUUUGACUCGCUGCAUAAAUGAGUCAUUACGUCUCUAUCCACAUCCUCCUGUCUUGUUAAGAAGAGCUCAGGUUGCUGAUGUGCUCCCAGGAAAUUACAAGGUUAAUGCUGGUCAAGAUGUAAUGAUUUCAGUGUACAAUAUCCAUCACUCCUCAAAGGUCUGGGAGAGAGCAGAAGAGUUUGUGCCUGAAAGAUUUGACUUGGAUGGCCCAAUACCUAAUGAAACAAAUACAGAUUUUAGGUUCAUUCCUUUUAGUGGAGGGCCUCGUAAAUGUGUCGGCGAUCAGUUUGCUUUACUAGAAGCUAUUGUUGCCCUUGCAAUUUUUCUGCAGAAGAUGAACUUCGAGCUGGUUCCUGAUCAAAAAAUCAGCAUGACUACUGGAGCAACAAUACAUACAACAAAUGGCUUGUACAUGAAACUCAGUCAAAGGGAAAAAAUUGAAGCAUUUGUUUCAUCUCCUGCAAGGUAAGCAUUAGAACUGUAAAUAUAUACAUCUAUGAACAUGAAUCUUCCGUUUUAAGUCCAAUUUUGUACAACGCUGCUGGUUUUGCCCGCAUUUUGCGCAGGUUAUUUAUUAUUUUAUAUAAUAAUAUGAUAUAAUAUUUAUUUUUAUA